GUUUCAAAUAAAACGUAAAACUUUUUGAUGUCUUAGACGGGCUGAUCUUCGUCUCUCAUCAACAUUUUCAUUUCCUCUUUUUUUUAAACCGCUUGAAUCUGAAUGAGUCGGAAAUUUCAUUCCGCUCUAAAAGAGGCUCCAUACGAACGCUAAAGGUUUCACGGUACACGGUUUUCCUGAGGUCACUUCCUUCUUCUGCUCAUGCUGCAGAGUUGCACCAUGAAAGGCUCUCCUUACCUGCCUGUUUUUGUGGGAGUGGCCUUGCUGAUCUCCGGCGUUCAGAGUGACGUGAGCUGCAAAGGAACGGACGGCCGUCCAGGUCAGGACGGAGCCUCCGGAAGAGAUGGCUGGCCUGGAGUGAAGGGUGACAAAGGAGAGCCAGGAACACUGGCCGACGGUCCAGUCAGCUCCAGCGUCCUGCAGAGGAUGAAGGGGGAGAAGGGGAGUCGAGGGGAGCAGGGAGACCUGGGGCCCAAAGGUUACCAAGGUGAUUUGGGAUCACCUGGUCUGCCUGGUAGACCUGGUCUUCCCGGACCGGAUGGGAAGAGAGUCAACCGAGGUCAGCAGUCUGACCAGGUCGGCGAUCAAUCAGCCUUCUCGGUCAUCAGAAACAUCACCACCUAUCCUCCCUUCUCACAGGUAGUAAAAGACUGGGUCGAUGUGGUCAAUAUCCCCGGUCAUUUUAAAACCAACACAGGAGAGUUCAUCUGUGACAUAUCUGGAGUUUAUUACUUCAACUUUCACUCCGUUGCCAGGGUCAGUAUCUGCCUGGCCAUCGUCAGCACCGUUCUGGACAAGCAGCUGGUGUUCUGUGAUUACGGUAAUGAACAGGUGCUCUCCGGGGGCGUGGUCUUACAGCUGACAGCAGGUGACAAGGUGUGGCUCGAGUCCUUUCAAGACCAGCAAGAGGCCAACGUCAUCGAUAAUAGUCAGAGCAAACAGAUCAUCUUCAACGGCUUCCUGAUCUUCACAGCCCAAUAGCUCAGAUGGAAGCGGCUCUGAUCAAUCCACGGCAUCACUUUUGAAUCCUGUUUAGCUUCAAACUGCAAAUGUUUGAGCCACAAGCCAGAUCUGCAGUCCUGAAUUCUUUUUUUUUUUUUCACAAAAAUAAAGCCGCUCCUAUAAACAGUCUUAUAA